AAACUAGCGCAUACACGGAAGGUAAUGAACGAUAGGAAGCCACACAGUUCAGUUUUGGGGGCAAAUGCACCACUUUCGUUUUUAAUCGGAAUGCUAACCUGUAAAGUUGACAUUUAUGGAGUUUAUCAUAGUAAACUAGGCGUUUUGCGGGGAGUAUAUUAAUUCAAUUUUGUAUUAUUGGUUACAGUUGGCAUGUAUUGAUGUUAGCUCGGCGGCUCGAGAACUGGCUAAUAAACGUCGAACACAGAAUUUAUCGGAAAGGAAAAAGUAGGUAAAGACAGCUUUCGGGUUUGACAUCUGUUGCUUAUUGUAGCAGCAGGCGUGAGUUUGGGGCGCAGACGAUCAAAAAACAAAAAGACAGCUAGCAGCAUAACGCGGGAGGUUUCAUCAUCAGCUGCCAGUGAAACACACACAGGAAUUCUUAGCCGCAAUGCUUCCUGCUCGUGACUCGUAGACCAUCGGAGCUCCUCUUGGAAGAAAUGGACAGCACCGGCAGCUAACCCUCACCCAUCUAACGCGCUAUGUAAACGAAUUCCCUCUGACACGGAAUAUCGUUGACUCGUAAAGCGGACCACCCAUCAGGAGGAGCCAGCCGCGACGUCUUGGUUCCCAAGUCCGAAGUGCGGGGCACACAUUCGGUGGGAGCUUCGUAACCAUCGACGCCCCGCCUGGCCGAGCCUCCGCACGUCUUGGAGGCAUCGGAGGGCAGCCGCAACACAAGCGAGGCUUCGGUGAAAUGAAAUGAGGCUCAGAAAUGGAACUGUGGCCACUGCGAUUAUCUUCUUCACGUCUUUCCUCAGCUUGUCCUGGUACACAGCCUGGCAGAAUGGCAAAGAGAAACUGAUAGCAUACCAGCGGGAGUUCCAUGCCUUGAAAGAGCGCCUUCAUGUGGCAGAGCACAGGACACUGCAGCGCUCAUCGGAACUCAACAACAUCCUUGAGCAGUUCAAACGGGCGAUCGCCGAAACCAACAGCAGCAAAGAUACCCUCACGACCUUCUCAGAUGAAACACAGAAACUCUUGAAGGAGCUGGCCAGUAGAAAACCUCUCCAAGUGCCAAACAUCUUUCACCACCUGCCUCACCUGCUUAACAAUGAGGGCAGUCUGCACCCCGCCAUGCAAAUCGGCCUCGGACGCACCGGAGUUACCAUAGUGAUGGGGAUCCCCACAGUGAAGCGGAAGGUGAAGUCAUAUCUGUCAGAGACGCUGCGUUCCCUCAUAGACAAGCUGUCCCCGGAGGAGAAACUGGACUGUGUGAUUAUAGUUUUUGUUGGAGAGACUGAUCUGGACUACGUGCAAACUGUGGUUGCCGGCCUGCAGAAAGAGUUCUCAACAGAGCUGAAUUCAGGCUUGCUCGAGGUCAUCUCACCUCCUGCCGCAUUUUACCCCAACCUCACAGACCUCAAAGAGACUUUUGGAGACUCCAAAGACAGGGUCCGAUGGCGAACCAAACAGAAUCUGGACUUUUCCUUCCUCAUGAUGUAUGCAGUCAGCAAAGGAGUUUAUUACGUUCAGUUGGAAGACGACAUUGUGGCCAAGCCCAACUACUUUGCCACCAUGAAGAACUUUGCCCUCCAGCUCUCGUCAGAGGACUGGAUGGUCCUGGAGUUCUCUCAGUUGGGAUUCAUUGGAAAGAUGUUCCAGGCACCAGACCUGAAUUUUAUUGUUGAGUUCAUCUUUAUGUUCUACAAGGAGAAGCCCAUCGAUUGGCUGCUGGACCACAUUCUCUGGGUUAAAGUUUGCAAUCCUGAGAAAGAUGCGAAACACUGCGAGCGACAGAAGUCUAGCCUUCGCGUACGCUUCAGGCCUUCUUUGUUUCAACAUGUGGGCCUCCAUUCUUCUCUGCCUGGAAAGAUCCAAAAGCUCACAGACAAAGACUUCCUGAAGCCGCUUCUUCACAAGAUGCAUAUUAACCCCCCUGCUGAGGUGUCCACCUCCAUGAAGGUGUAUCAGGGUCACACACUGGAGAAGACGUACCUUGGGGAGGAUUUCUUCUGGGCCAUCACUCCUAAAGCGGGAGAUUACAUGCUUUUCAAAUUUGAUAGACCUGUCAGUAUAGAGAGGUUCCUGUUCCGUAGCGGUAAUGUGGAGCACCCGGGGGACAAGAUGCAAAACACCACAGUGGAAAUACUGCCCGUCUCCGAGACUGGACUGCAGACCAAAGAGAUGUACAAGAGAACUGAAGACCGCUUUUACAGGAUCGGUCAUUUUGAGAAGGGUGUGGCCGAGGGGGCAGUCGCUCCCUCCUUCAAUCCCAUCCUGGCCUUGCGGCUAUCUGUGAUCAAAGACUCAGCUGUGUGGGCCAUCAUCAGUGAAAUCCAUAUAAAGAGGAUAGCAGGCUGAAUUGAAUGGCUGCGCCCCUUGGGAGACCAAAAAUCUGGAAAGACUGCGCACCAAUGAAGCCUGCUAAGAGCUGCUCGUUUGAAGAACAUCCGUUGUUUUUGUUUCUUGAUUAUCAGUCUUUACUUUCGGUCUCUGUCACUCUUGUGGUCUUACCUCCUAUAGUGAGAAUGUGAAUACUACUGUCUACAAAAAAAAAAAAAAAACAGCUGCGUGAGCCGAAAUCUGACCCACCCAGCAAGCAGCUUAGGAAAAUUCAUUCUUGAUUUAAUGACGAUAAAUCAUGGCACCAGUCAGUCACCUGGACACUUUAUGCUGCCAAAUCUUUCCCUGUCUACUCAAUGCUGCCACCCUAAGGCGAGCUGGGGACAUUGCACUGUCACUAGCGCCAGCAGUUGAGCCUGCCAUCAUUCUCCUGAGGUAUAAACAAAAAAAAAGAGACAGGUUGAAGAUUGUCACCAGCCCAAAACCACACGUGUUCUCAUACCUAUAAAAGAAAUCUCACCAAGUUCCUCGAAAGCCCACCUAGAAAGAUUUCUGCGGCGUCUCUCUAACGAUGGUCUGUGUAUAGAUGAAAACAAAUCAGUUUUCAGAAGGAAUAUAUUGAUCUAUGAUUACAGAUAUGAAGGUGACUUUAAUUUAUUGGAAAUAAAUCCUUUAAUUUGUACAAAAAGUAAAUAUAUUUUUAAUCUAUUGAGAUGUUUAUGGUAGUGUUUUGGGUUUUAUUGUGCACUGUCAUGAUUUUUGGGGGUGUUCUCCAACAUCGCCCCCUCAUUUCUUUUCACAUUGUCAACUGCUCUCACGAAUGCUAAAUGAUGAUGAAAGGAGGGGCUGGAAUAGACUUAUUUGAAAGUUUUGUGCGUCAAAUGUGGAGAAAUGUGCCUUAUAUCAGGUCCCCUCAUUGUGUAUCAGCUAUUUUAAUCACAUUUGCCAAUGCCUCACUUGCUGGAAAUAGUAUUAUUAUUAUUAUUACUACUAUUGUUGUCAAAAUAGACAGUUGAAUCUGUGUCCGGAUGUGACUCCAAAUGUGAACUUGAUAUCACAUUUUUACAACUUAAAACUGUUAGCUUUGCACUGCUUGUUUGUUACAUCACCAUCGUGACCAUUCUUUUUGCAUGGUACCAAUGAGUUUAAGGGCCACACUGGAAACUAAAUCAUGACUAUGUAUUUUAUGAGAAUAACAAAGUAAUGUAGUGGGACAGUGAAGUCACUUUUUUUAAAUAUGGAAAAGAUUUGCACAUUUAUGUAAAGAAGUCAUGAUCAUGUUGCAAAGUCAAGUUUUCCUCAGAAAAAGAUUGAGAAUGAAGAACUAACAUUGAAGUAGGACUACAAAAAAGAACGUUUUGUCUGAGAAAAAUUCAAAAUUUUACUCCAAAAAGUCAUAAAUGUACAAGGGAAACAUUGUAUUGUAAGAUAUCUUGGAAAAAAAUUUGAAACAUUUGAAUUCCUGUGUGGCCCUUACUACUUUGUACCAUUAUUUUGCAUCCUAAUCCACAUACAAGACUGCACUCACAUUUUUAUUUUUUUUUUGGAAUGGAAUGUCAUGACUACUGAUCGUCAUAGGAAUGCACUUUUUUUCUCUCCUUUUUUUCUAAAUAGGAAUAUAUAAAAAGCAAUGAGCAUCUGUCUGUCAGCAUCUUUCCACCUUACUUGAUAGCUCUAUUCACUUAUUGUGGCUCUUUUUUUAAUUCAUGGUCGGUAGCGAAGUGCCUUUUUAAUGGAACAGAUGUUUUACAUGCACAUUUGUACAUAAAAGAGUACCUGACGAGUAUUUUUUGUUGUUUCGCUGACCAGAGCAGCUAGGCUUCUUGAUUAAACCAUCUAAAUGCUUGAACUCUUGAUACGGUGUGCUUACUCCAGAAGAAGAUGACAGAGACGCCAACACUUACCCGGAUUGUCUCUUUUACACCAAGUGAAUGUUUAUCAAUGGACAGCAGAUAGAAACCCCCCCACCCAGUAAACCCAUCAGUUUGUGUGCCUUCAUGUCUUCAUCUUGUACAUGCGUAUUGCCUGCCUCUGCUGAUUUUGUUGGGACAUCAUUUUUUUCAUGGACAUGUUUGAAAUAAAUUGUAAAAACAAAAAGUGCCAUGCCAUGAUUUUGUUCCCAAUACCAUCCACAUCACUUUUCAUUAAAGGACACAUCCUGGCCAUGACAUAAUUUCUUAAUGAGACUCAGUAUAAACAUUUCAAACUUUACAAAUGUAAUUUAAUUAUGCUUA